AUGAGGACACCAUCAUGGAAUAUGAACCUGAUAUUUGGACACCAUCCCAUCGGUAAGGAAACCAACAAAGAGUAUCCUGCGAAUAGAAAGAAAGCCAGGAAUAUGAGACUUCAGUGGAACAACGUCCGUUUCCUCCUCCAUAUGAGAUAUGACUUUGAUAUUUUAACUGAGAGACCUCUGAGAGGGAUGACUACUUACUCUGGGAUAGAACAAACGUCGAUACCACGGCUAUCGAGACGGAGCAUAUCUCUUGGUCAGUUACCAAAGAUAUACAUUAUCUGUUCCCAAGAAGAAACUCAUGAACUUACUUAUAUACCCAUGAAAAGCCAAAUGAUAAAAGAGAACAGGAUCGAGCAUCGGAUAUAUUAUCUUCUUCUCAAUGGGAGACUAUACCGAGCUCCAUUGAAAGGAAACCCAGAGCGAGUACUUGAUCUGGGAACUGGGACUGGUACUGAUCUAAGCCCAAUCCAACGAUUAUGGAUCCCACGUAACUGCACGUUCGAAAUUGACGACUUCGAAGAGGAAUGGCAGUACAAUGAAUCAAACCUCUUCAACUACAUCCACGCCCGCAAUCUUGCAGGCUCCAUUUCUGACUAUGACCAUUUCUUCGCCCAGGCAUAUAACAGUUUGCUUCCGGAUGGGUAUCUCGAAAUGCAGAGUACGGAAGCAAAUUUCUUUUCGGAUGACGGAACACGCGAAAGGGCCGUGACGGCCAAUCUAUGGCAAAAGUUGCUCGUAAAGGGAAACAAGGAAUUUGGCAAGCCUUUGGACGUCGAGCAUACCUGGGCUGAGAAAAUGCGGAGAGCGGGGUUUGUAGAUGUUGUUGAUGAAGUUGUCAAGGUGCCGGUGGGACGGUGGUCGCCAGACCCGAAGAUGAAAGAGAUAGGUCACUACCAAGCAAUGAAUGUUCGAGAGUGGUUAGAAUCGAGCUCACUCGCUGUAUUCACUCGCAUUUUGGGCUGGACUACUCAAGAGCUUGAUGUGCUCUUUACGGCGGUGCGGAACGAUUUCGCUGACCCCCAGUCGCACCUGUACUUCCAGGUGAGAUUUGUAUAUGGCCGGAAGCCGAGUUGA